AUGGUAUCAAAACGUAUUUUAAAAGAAUUGAAAUCUAUUGAAGAUGCUUCAAGAUGUUACAGUGCUACUAUAGUUAAUGAUGAUAUAUUUCAUUGGGAAGCAUCAAUUAUUGGUCCUGAUGAUAGUCCAUAUGAAGGUAGAGUUUAUCGUCUUGAUAUUAGAAUUCCAUCGAAUUUUCCAAUUACUAUCUGUAUUGAUAUUUUACAAUCUCAAUGGAAUUCUAUAUGGUCAAUAGAAAAAAUUUUAUUAGCUAUUAUAUCAUUAUUAACUAUAGUAGCACUGUAA